UUCAACUGAUUAUUUGACAUUGGUGAAGAGUGAUGGAAGGAGAAGAAGGAUAGUGUGAUUGAAGGAGAUGGAAGAAGAAAAAGCAGCAGCAUAUUACGACGAACUCACUCGUAAAGGGGAAGGAGCUGCAAAGUUCAAACAAGGUCUCGGCUUUUCCACUUCCACAUCAAACGACGCCGUUCCCAAACCCGGUUCAUCUCUCGUUUCUUCCUCUUCAUUCCUCUCGCAGUUCGUCAAAGCCUCUUCCUCCUCCACCACCACCACUGCUUCCACCACCGCCCCAUCCGAUUCCGACAGAAAAUCUCAGCUCCAAUCGAUUCAAAACAAGCUCAAAAAGAAACCUACAACCGAAUCUAGGGUUUCGGAGAAAACAAAUCGUGAUUAUUCUUCGAGAGACAGUGAUAGAAGAAAAAGACGAAGCAGGAGUAGGAGUCGAGAGAGGUAUAGAGAUAGGGAUUCAAGGAGGAGAAGUAGGAGUAGAGAGAGAAAUAGUAGAUAUAGUGACCGUGAUCGUGAUCGUGAUCGUGAUAGUGGUAGAAGCCGAAGCCGAAGCGAUUCUGAUGUUGACAGAGGUAGAGAUAGGAGGAAAAGGGAAAGGGGAAGAGAGAAGGGGAGAAGGAGGAGUAGAAGUGUUUCGCCACGUAAACAACGUAGGUCUGAAGUGAAAUCAAGUGAUGUUAAGGAAAGAGGGAAAGGGAGUGAAAUGAGGAAGGGGAAGAAUGUUGGAGUUGAUUAUGCGAAAUUAAUCCACGGUUAUGAUAAUAUGGCACCUGCUGAAAGAGUGAAAGCCAAGAUGAAGCUUCAGCUUUCUGAAACUGCUGCACGGGAUUCAGAUAGAGGCGUGGGCUGGGAGCGAUUUGAGUUCAACAAGGAUGCCCCUCUUGACGAUGAGGAAGUUGAAGGUGCUGAAGAUGAUGCAUCCUUAGUCAAACACAUUGGUCAGAGUUUCCGGUUUUCCGCAGUCGAGUCCAAACGGGAAGAUCAAAUUCAAGCUGCUCAUGAUGAAGCUAUGUUUGGUGCUCCGGCUCCUCCACCUCCCACCAGCAGUACAGAUAGUGAGCCAGAAAGGGAGAACGAGAAGGAGGUUGAUAAUAAAAAGGACCUGGUUUCAAGCCUCUUGAGUGAAACAGUGCUGGCCAGGCCAAAAGGGUCUUGGCGUGAUCGGGUUCGUCAGACAUAGAGUUUGCUCCUUGAAGGUAAUGCUUCUGACAGAAAAGCCGGUCAAAUGUCACAUGGAUAUUAGAGCACGGCAUUCAAUUUUGCAACCGGAAUUAGUGUGCAGUUUGCUUGGUUUCUACAUGUCUGGGGUGGGCUUUAACCAUGUAUACAACUUGUAUAUGGUUCCAAUGUAAUUGCUAUUCUUUUCAACCAUAUAUGCUACUGGUGAAGCAGGCUGUGUGCCGAUGCUUAAAAGGGGAAGCAGUAUAUGGAACUCGUUUGACUUUCAUGUAAUGCCACUUUCAGAAUUAUAAAAAAAAAUGUCAGUUUCAGAACUA